AUGCCUCCCAAGAAGGCCCAAGUUCAAGAAAAGGUCCUCCUGGGCCGUCCUGGCAACAACUUGAAGAGCGGUAUCGUUGGUCUUGCCAACGUCGGCAAGUCGACGCUCUUCCAAUCUAUCACCAAGUCCUCUCUGGGUAAUCCGGCGAACUUUCCCUAUGCCACCAUUGACCCCGAGGAGGCACGCGUUAUCGUCCCCGAUGAGCGCUUCGACUGGCUCUGUGAUCAGUACAAGCCCAAGUCCCAGGUGCCCGCUAACUUGACCGUGUACGAUAUUGCCGGUCUGACUCGCGGCGCUUCCACCGGUGCCGGUCUGGGUAACGCUUUCCUGUCUCACAUCCGUGCUGUCGAUGCCAUCUUCCAGGUUGUUCGUUGCUUCGAUGAUGCUGAAAUUAUUCACGUCGAGGGUGACGUCGACCCUGUCCGUGAUUUGACCAUCAUCAGCGAGGAGCUGCGUAUCAAGGACAUCGAGUUCGUCGAGAAGGCUCUUGAUGCUCUGUCCAAGCAGACCCGUCGUGGUGGCCAGUCUCUGGAGAUGAAGAAGAUGAAGGAGGAGGAGGCUACUACUGCCAAGAUCCUCGAAUUUUUGAAGUCAGGCAAGGACAUCCGGGAGGGUGACUGGAACCCCAAGGAGGUCGAAGUCAUCAACCCCCUGUUCCUCCUCACUGCCAAGCCCGUCGUGUACCUGGUCAACCUGAGCGAGAAGGACUACAUCCGCCAGAAGAACAAGUAUCUGCCUAACCUGUUCGCCUGGAUCAAGGAAAACUCCCCUGGUGCUCCCAUCUUGCCCAUCUCUGCGGCAUUUGAGGAGCGUCUGACUCUCAUGAAGGACGACGCUGCUGCCGACGAGGAGUGCAAGAAGCUCGGCACCAAGUCCGGCCUGCCCAAGGUCAUCACUACCAUGCGUCAGGCCCUCAACCUGGCUAGUUUCUUCACCACCGGUCCGGACGAGGUCCGCCAGUGGACCAUCCGCAAGGGCAUCAAGGCCCCUGCUGCUGCCGGUGUUAUCCACACUGACUUUGAGAAGACUUUCAUCCAGGCUAUUGUGUAUAACUAUAGCACCCUGAAGGAACUUGGUGAUGAGGCUGCUGUCAAGGCUGCCGGUAAGAUUAUGACCAAGGGCAAGGACUAUGUCGUCGAGGACGGCGACAUCAUGCUCAUCAAGGCUGGUGCCGCUAAGCACUAG